GCGGAAAGUUUGUGACAAGAGCGCGGGAGCUGGGAAGUCCGGGGUCGGCUACGUCCGGGAAAGGCCUUCAGAAGAUUGUUUGGCUGCCAGGUGCUCCUUGGGAAAUCGGGGCUUCUUCCUCACGGCUUUCCUCACGGCCUGUUACGUCGGAGAGCCUGUCUCCCAGGUACCCAGGUACCGGUUUCAGAGAAGAUGACAGAGGAACUGGACCUCACAGGACAGGACUCUGAUGCGGGUAGUGAAGAGGUGGUCCUAACUCCUGCAGAGCUCAUUGAAAGGCUGGAGCAGGCCUGGAUGAAUGAGAAGUUUGCCCCUGAGCUGCUGGAAAGCAAGUCUGAGAUUGUGGAAUGUGUCAUGGAACAGCUAGAUCACAUGGAGGAAAAUCUCCGGAGAGCCAAGAAGGGGGAUCUGAAGGUCAGUAUCCAUCGAAUGGAGAUGGAAAGGAUCCGCUAUGUCCUUAGCAGCUACUUGCGGUGUCGGCUCAUGAAGAUAGAGAAGUUUUUCCCUCAUAUCCUUGAAAAGGAGAAAACAACCCACGAGGGGGAGCUGUCUAGCCUUUCUCCAGAGGAGCUGGUCUUUGCCAAACAGUACAUGGCUAACACAGAGACCUACCUCAGGAAUGUUGCCUUAAAGCAUAUGCCUCCUAACUUGCAGACGGUGGACCUCCUGAGGUCAGUUCCCAAACCAGAUCUAGAUUCAUACGUAUUUCUGAGAGUGAAAGAACGACAGGAAAACAUCCUGGUAGAACCAGAAACAGAUGAGCAAAGGGACUAUGUGAUUGACUUGGAGGAAGGCUCACAGCACUUGAUCCGAUACAAAACCAUUGCGCCCCUGGUCGCUUCUGGAGCAGUUCAGCUGAUAUAAAAUCAAAAGUAAA